AUGGGUAAGAAUCAGUCACUAAAAUGAGCUGUUGCGAUUUGCUCCUCUGAGUGCCCCUUUAAAGAUGAUAUGUGUAAAUAUGAUGUUACCUUGUAUUUUGUGGGAAAAAAAACAACCCUCUUAAAUAUAAUCUGUUUGAAAUGUAAUAAUUUGUCACCUUUGCCCCCCCUAACUUUCCUUCUUAAAGCAUUCCAGCAAUUUGUUCUGUAAAGUAGUAUAAUACAUAUAUUAUAAUAUAAUGUAUGCAAUAUUUCUGGUGUUCAUAUAGCAAUAAUUAGAUAUUCCUUAUUUGGUGAUAUUGUUUGUAUUUAAAAACAGUAUUGUCAGGCUCAUGGCCAUGUGAGUGGUUCUAAUUAUUGUCAACUUUUUUGAAAUGUCCAAGUCCAACACGUCUGCACUAUAUUAAGAAGUUGCAUGUUUUAUUUAUUUACUGUUUGUUGUAAGCGCUCCACUAUUUAUAAAGGCCUAACUUUUCACUUUUCAGUACUCUAGUUAGCUUUCAUGAUUCUCCUAUACUGUAAAACAGUAGUUCAGCUUGAUUUACAUUACUCACUAAUUAUAUCGGAGAUGACCGAUAACCUUUUCCUUUUAUUUUUUGUUUUUGUUUUUCAGGAGUCACAAUGCUGAUGAAUACUGUAGUCCAAUAUACAACAGUUUCAGGUCGAGUGAGGACACAGAAUGCUGUGGCUACUAGAUGUUUAAAACAUAACUCUAUACGGACAAUAAUGUCUGACAAUCCAACUAGUGACAGUACAUCUAAUGCUGUGGAGUUACUUGGUCAACUUUACCCCCGUGAUGAGUAUACCAAUGUCACAAGUAAAAUCCUAUCUAAAGUUGGGAAGAACUUGCACAACCAGCAGUAUCAUCCAUUGUGGCUGAUCAAAGAGAGAAUAAAGGAACAUUUCUAUAAGCAGUACACUGGGCGCUUUGGAAAUCCACUCUUUUCAGUCUAUGAUGAUCUGAGUCCUGUUGUCACCACAAAACAGAACUUUGACAGUUUACUCAUCCCGUCAGACCACCCUUGCAGGAAAAUAGGAGACAAUUACUAUUUGAAUUGUUCACAUAUGCUCCGUGCUCAUACCUCGGCCCAUCAGUGGGAUUUGGUACAUUCAGGACUGGAUGCGUUCCUAGCCGUAGGUGACGUGUAUCGUCGUGAUCAGAUUGACAAGAGUCAUUACCCAGUGUUUCAUCAGAUGGAAGGCGUAUGUUUGUUCUCAAACCACGAGGUGAAAUAUAGUACCCACUAACCUUCUGCAUUGUUUAAUUUACUUUUUUGUAUUUGGUCAGAAGGUGGCUUUCUAUUAGGGGUACUUUACUAGAAAAUGAUUGAGUAACAAAGUAUCAAAGUAGUAAAAUUAUAAAUGAAGGUUGAGUGAUUGUACAUUUUUUCUAUUUAUGUUUAAAUUAACCCCAGAGUGAAUUUGUCACCAUUGAACAAGUUGCAAUGUUUUUAAUUGUUAAUAGUUGGCUAGUGUUUUAAAGGAACACUCCAAGCACCAUAUCCACUACAGUUUGCUGUAGUUGUUGUAGUGCCUGGUGCCCCAACUGUUAGUAGUCAAACUGGUCAGAAACGGCUUGAGUACUUAUAAUGAAGGUCUACCAGGGCAUGCCUGGAAUCAUAACCACUACAGUGAACUGUAGUUUUUAUGGUACUUGGAGUGUUCCUUUAAUUAUGUUGUGUCAUUUGCUUUUAAAGGAAUAGUCCAAGCACCAUAACAGAUUACUGUAGUGGUUAUGGUGCCAAUAUCGCCGUGACUCUAUUCUCUGGUAAACGCCAGAUUGUUUUAGUAUGGUGUUACAGCUUAUCUGGGUCCCUCUAGGUAACCCCUGCUGUAUCUGGUCUUCUGCAGCAGGAGAAUCUGGGUAUCACUACCGAGAAUUCUGUAGGGCAACAAUCACUGGCCGAGAGUAUCAGCUGCUAUGAGCAUGGUACUUCAUCUGCUUGCUGUGCUCUGUAGAGCAAUCCAGCUUCCCAUGAGUAAUGUGGGUCUAUGAGUGUUUUUUUUUUUUCCCAGGUCUGUGUUUCACUCCCAAUGUUGUAUUUCCUUUAGACAACAGCUGCACUUUAAUGACAUUUGCUUCUGUGUGUCAUCUUUCCAAUACAAUCUCUGCAAAUCUCUAAUCUUAUCAGCAACAGACUUUUCAUUCCUUAUAUGAACUAUUUUAUCACCAGGUAAACCCUGCAUCGUAGGAUUUCUUAUCAAAUAAUAAUUUUUGUUUUUGUAUACCAUGCUGCAUUUUUCUGCAUCCCUGCUUCUGCUGGACAAGGACAACGCUGUUUCCUCCAUGUCAAGCUAGUUUCUCAGUCAGAAACAGCAUCUGUGGUCAUUUGCACAGGUCAACCAUUCAUGGUGGAUAUUUAUCCACAGGAGAUAGAAACAAAUACAUUGGAGAUGGAAGAGGAAAUGGCAGAAGUUAAGAAAGGGAAGCCAACAUGCCACAUGCACCAGGGUGCUUACAAUAAAUACAGAAUGCAAAAGGCAUAUGAUGACAGCCUGUUAUCUGCUGCCCAACAAUACAUUGCAUACCUCUUAAGAGUCCUAAUUAUGGCCCAAAGCCCUCUGUCCCUCUUUUCUAUCCCAAUGUCCCUCUUUUCUAGGAGCUCCAUCUUGUAUAAGCUCCAUCCGUGUAUAAGAGUGUUCCACAGCAAUAAUACUUACAGUAAUUUGUAUUUUAACCUAUAGUAAAUAUGUUUAGGAAUCUUGUUCUAACUUCCAUUUUAGUUGCAUAAAUUGUCAUCUUGGUUUUUUUUUUUUUUUUUCUGAACUGCCCCGUCCCUGGCCACACCCCCACUUACACCCCUACAAAUAAGUUCCCCUCUUUGUCCAUACAAGAUGUUGGGAGAUAUACUACUGUGCUUAUGGAAAAGCAAAGUUUAGCUGAGAAUUACUUUGAGUGGUUAUAAAAACUGCUGAACAUAUUUAAAAAUAUAUAUAUAUAUAUUUAUAUCCAUUUCAUUAGUAGUUUUUAAAAUUCUAUAAUAUGGCCUGUAGCCACUUUCUGACAACAGGUCCCCUUUAUUAUUUCAAGAGCAGCUGGAUUCUCACUGAAUCUAAAUAGUUUUUGAUCAAAUGCAGUAGAACUGCUGCCUCAGUGGCAGAAAAACUCAGAAAGCUUCAAUUAGGAGAUUCAAAUUAUAAAAUGUUCUAAAGAAGGAGCUUUUAUUUGCCCAGUGCUUAUUAUUUAAUUGGUUUGUGCUAUUCCCAUGAACACCACAUUUGUUUUAAUAAAUUGAUUUGAAUCUCACCUGAAUGCAACAUUUUACUAAAUUACAUCCCUAGUUUUUACUACAGAUCUUUAAAAAGUGAAUUUUCUGUGACGGAUACUAAUAAGAGGGGCAGCUAAACUAAAAAUAUGCCUGGAACAAAGAAAAAAGCCUAAGAAUGAGAGCGCAUUAACAUAAAUGUAUCCCAUCUUCACACAAAAACGUUGGUGCACCAAACAGAAAAGCAUGUUUUGAUUAGGCCUUAUCCAUGAGUAUAGUCAUACUUAAGUGAGUUCAGUAUCUCCCAUAGCAGGAAAGUUCACUUGUACAUGUAAUUACAGUGAUCUUUCAGAGGUUCAGUAAGGGCAUAAAAGAGACCCCUAAUAUCAGUGUUCUUUCUUCCUACUAUUGAUGUCAUUCAGCCCAGACUCUGUUGCAGGACGCAUGCAUGGAGGUUUUGUAGCACAGUUCCAUGUUGGAGAUUGUGUAUCACAGCUCCAUGUUUUGGUAGUAGGUUCUAUGGACCCCCCAAUUGGCACAGUUUUGACCAAUUUAGGAUUUUAUUCUUCUGUUCCACCAUCCCAGGUUUGUUCCCUGGUGUCCCACAUAUAGUGACACCAGAAACUGUCCCAAAAAAACAUAGCACAAGGGCAUCAUUAGACAGGCUCGCACAAUGCUCACACAAUGGUGUCCUGUAGAGAGCACUGAAAGAGUGCUCCCUACAUAGUCUGACCGCAGUGGGCUGGUCUGUGUGACUGGCAGGCAGCCUGGUGUGCAUUCAUGCCAGGCUGACUUGCCACUUUGGCGGUUCCAGUCAAGUGAUUUGCAUCACUGGCCCACCCUUUUAUCUUACCCAAUUCAUUAGACGCUAAUGAUGGGUGGUAUUGAUUCUGUUUCACAGUUAUGCGUGCUGUAAAAAGUGUUUUUAUUUGACUAGCUAUUUUUUCAAUACAGUUAUGUUUUAAGUUUUGUUUUGAGUGAAUCGCCGUAAGUUAAAUGUAGUGUUGUUAAAGGCUAGUCCAGGUUUAAUAUAAAGACAGCUAUGUGACAGCAUAUACAGCUAUAUUCUUGCAGGAAAGCACUGCAGGUUGGAAAAUGGCACAGAAUGGGUGUUAAAGCGGGUCUAUCACCACAAACCCAUCUUUCUACAGUUGUUCUACUAUUUUCUCUCUCAAAAUAUGUUCCUCUCUUCUUUCUUUCUUAUCAUUUUCUUGUAAAAUACAAGGUAGACACUAUUAUGUCAUUUGUAUUUUUCCUAUGAUUGACAAAGGGUGGAGCUUAAGGCAAGCUCACUUCCAUUGUCAAGAUUUGUCAAGUUGCAUUCUCCCACAAUACUCACCUGUCCUUGACGUCCAGCUUUUCUAAUCUUGAGAUCCACCCUCUGUCAUUCGCCAAGCGUUGUAAGGACUUAAAUAAACUGUUGGCAUGCAUGGAUUUUUGAGAAACCGCACGUGAAAGCAGUGCACUGCCAGAAUUUUUAAUAUGGCAGCAUGUUGAACAUGAAUAAGUUCAGAAAAUAUAUACAUAUGGGUAACAAUAAGGAUAUUAAAAGAAGAGGGGCAUUAAAAAAAAAAAAAAAAAAAGUUUUCCCAGAGCUGUUUAAAAGGGGACAGUCAAUUUAGCGAAAUGAAGCAGUUAUGGAAUAUAGAUCAUAUCUCUACUUUCUCAAUGUUCGAUUCUGUGCUGCUUAGGAGAUAAAUCGCUCUGUUUAUGCAGCCCUACCCCCACCUCCCUUGGUUGAUUUACACAGCCUCUGUGAAAAAUCUUUCAUGUUUACAACACAGUGUGUUUAAUUUAGACGUUAAUAUGUCCUGUUCUGUUAAUUGAAAAUUAAUCACACACACUAGGCUGUUGCAGUCUCUAGUUUGCAAUUAACAGAACAAGAGAUAAUACAUUCUAAAUUAAACACUCUGUGUAAUAAAGGAAAUGUAAAGAUUAGGUCUCACUUUACAGAAAGUGUUUAGGAUGGAUGUAUACAUCACAUGCAGGGAGGUGUGACUAUGGCUGUAUAAGCAAAGUGAUUUAACUCGUACAUGGCAGAGAAUUGAGCAGUGAGAUUGCAGGGGCAUGAUCUAUACAUUAUAACUUCAUUAAGCUAAAGUUGUUUUGGUCACAAUAGUAUCCCUUUAAGGCCAAAGUUGAAAUGAAAGCAUAGUUGGCUACGGCUUCAGAAACAAUAUGGUUUAACUCCUUAAUGGCAAAGAAUCGAGCAGUGACACUGCACCAAAUCAGCUUCAUUAUACUAAAGUCAUGUUGGUGCUAAAAAUUUCAUUUUUAAUUUUAAAAGAUAAGUAAAUUAAUAAAUUAUAUUAAUUAAAAAGCAAAACAAAAAUCUUCCUCUAUAUAUAAAUGUAAGAUACAUGGUACGUACAUUGAUUGAAUAUCCACAUUUACUCACUAAAAUCACUGCCAUUGCCUCCUGUGCAUUGAUACAUUGUGCUCAAAAGCCUCCUUUGUCACAGUUCUCCAGUUCAUAUAUUUCAUUCAUAAGCUUUUGCAAUUAGCCUGCUUGUUCUCUAAUCUUCCCAACUGACUUCCUGCGGGUCCAUCUCCUUUUAACGCUGUAGCUAGAUUAAGAUUCCUCAUUGCUCGCAUGCUUUGGAAAGUAUGCCACAAUCCAUUUUCCUGAUCUAAAUGUUCCACAACCGCAAAUCCAAAUUAGAACACACUUUACAUGAAAUGCCAUGCUGAUAAACUAAAUUGAUUUAGCUUGUGAUGUAUGUGUAGUUGUACCUGUAUGUCUCAGAUUCACAUUCAGGUUGUGAAGCCUACAUGAUGGAGAUUUCUAAUUCUACCUAUCUGCUUUACCAUAAUUUCUGGAUACCCAUUGACAGUGUGGGGUCUGGAGCCCGUUUGUCCCUGUCCCCAAGUGUCUGUUUUCAUAUCCAUGGAAAAAUAACCCUAAAGUUGAUGUGCGUUAAAAGAGCUAAAGGUGUUAACACUCCAGGCAAUCCAUAUCAUGCCUGAGCAUGCUGCUCAGGGAGUGCAGACAUGUCCCAGAGAAGUGGUUAUAUACCUGCUAAUGACCACCCCUUUGGGAAGCUCUUGCAGUCUCGAAGCAAAAUGCACACUCACUAAUCUAUGCAGCUGAUAUAUUUUUGCUCCCUUACAACAAGAAUGCUCAAGAAGCCUUCCUGUUCUGAACUACACAGCUGUGGAAUAACAUACUAUACGACAUCAAAUCCAUGUAAAGAAGUGUCUCUCAGUAUCUCUAAUCAAGCCAUGAAUGUAAUGUCUGCCAAUGUGUAACUGAUUUUUGAGACCAUCACAGCAUUUUUACUCACUACUUUGUUUUUAGUCUGUUCUGCAGGAGUGCAAUUAGUCUAUUCAAGAAAUCUCAUAUUUGCGUAAUUAGGUUUCAUAAACAGCAGUGUCAUACCCAAUCAGAAACGCUGCUUAUGCACAACCUUCUUGUGUACAUUAAAAAAAAAAUAAAGUGAAUACUUAUCUUUUUUAGAACAAUUUGAGGUUUUCACAUUGUAAUUAAAUUUGCUCAGCACAGCAGGCAAAUGCAAAUGUUCCAAGAGUUAAUAACUAUAGAAAAAUAGUUUUGUAAUAUGAUUUAGGUUGCUAUUACUAAAAUAGAGAACACACUGCAGACCGUAAUCGGUAUGCUUUGUUUGUGUGGCUUGCAUUUAUACAAUGUGAUGUCAUGCAAAUACCCAGACAAACACAAAUUGAAACAGCAAAGGGUCUGUAUCCCAAAUGGCUACUAAAUUGAUAAAAGUUACAUUCUGUACACAGAACCUAAAUUGACUUGAUUCUCUUUAUGAUCUGUUAACAUGUUGUUUUUUUUUGUUGUUGUUUUUUUAAAUUGGUUCAGUUAAAGAGUUGCUCCAAGCGUUAUGACUACUUCACUGAUUUGAAGUAGUCAUGGUGCCUGGAUUCUCUAUGUGCAGCGUUUCACUAUAAAACCCUGCACAUACAGAGUUUAACCCAUUUGUCAUAGGGGCCUUAUUAGCCAACCCAGAACAAGACUUCCAAACUGGCUAAUGUCAAUUUUGUGAAUAUUUCUACAUACAGAAUGGCAUGCAUUGGCUUAGAGUGGUCAGGUGAAUGGUCAGUGGGGUUGGCAGAGUUGCCGAACCCAGAUGGACAUCAUCAGCCCUCCAAGGCCCCCUGGCACCCAUUGCCCAGGUAAGAUAGCAAACCAUUGCUAAAUGGUUUUCUCAUGACUAAGUACGGGUCCAGGGUACUCCCAACAUCAUAACCGCUACAGUGGGCUGUGGUGGUUCUGAUCAGAGCCGCCAUCAGAAGUUUUGAGGCCACUUACACAGGUCAACCAGUUUAUUUGUUUACUUUAUUUAAUAUGGUUCCCCCUUACCCAUGCUCUUACUUCUGGCCAGGGAGGGGGGGGGGGGCACUAUAUUUCCUGGUGGCCCAGUGGUAUUUGGAGGCUCCUGUAGGGUGCCUGUGCUUUGCUUGCCAGUCAUGGCACAGGGCAACAUGUAAGUGUUGCUGUGGUAACCACUGCAAAGCUCUGACUGCCAGGGCUCAGGAUAGGACAGCCUCCUGGGCUCCCUCCUCUCCUUACAUUUGAAUGGCCAUUGGAGUGAUACUAAAAAACUUCCAGUUAUUUAAAUGUGCAUAGGGAUUUGGGCUAGUGUGCAGGUAACUUUUUUUCUUUGUAUUUUCUUGUAUGUAUUGAGGCUGAUGUGUACUAUAAUCAUUGCUGCCACCCAGGAGUAGUGGCAGUUUGAGCGCAGUGAUUCAUUUUGCAUGUUUAUAUUUGUUGUAUUACACAGCCAUCUUACUGUAUUGCAGCCCAUCCCACGUGUACUCCAUACAAUAAGAAUAAAAGAAAAAAAAGUUAAUUUCGCACUAUCCAGUAACACUUCAAUGGCCAUUAAAGAAUAACCCCAUGUGUUCCCUAUGAAUGUUUUUUUUUUGUUUUGUUUUUUUUGUUUUACAUAGUUAUAUAGCUGAAAAGAGACUUGCGUCCAUCAAGUUCAGCCUUCCUCACAUUUGUUUUUUGCUGUUGAUCCAAAAGAAGGCAAAAAAAAAACAGUUUGAAGCACUUCCAAUUUUGCAACAAACUAGGGAAACAAUUCCUUCUUGAUCCCAGAAUGGCAGUCAGAUUGAUCCUUGGAUCAACAGCUAUUACCCUACAAAAAAUAUAACCUUGAAUAUUCUGUUUUUGCAAGUAUGCAUCUAAUUGCUGUUUGAACAUCUGUAUGGACUCUGAUAAAACCACUUCUUCAGGCAGAGAAUUCCACAUCCUUAUUGUUAUUACAGUAAAAAAAAAUAAAAAAAAAAUAUAUAUUUUCUUUUCUUUCUUCCAAUCUAAACGCAUGACCUUGUGUCCUAUGUAAAGUCCAGUUUGUGAAUGGAUUUCCACACAAUACUCCUUGGUUUUGCACCCCUCCCUGUCACAGGUGCCUCAUCCCAGGGCCCUAUUUGGCCUUGUACUGCAGAGAGCCCCAGAUGGAAUUUUUUUUCCCAAGUGGGUGGGUUGAUCUCAUAAGAACAGACAUUAGGCUGUUAGUUUAGGACCUGCCAAAGAUGGGGUACAUUGACGUUGAGGCAGGCUUAUGCAAGGUAUGAUCAUAUAAUGUAACUAAACCCCCAUUAUUUUUGCCUAGAUUAGGUGUAUAAAAAAAUCUUUCAACAUUGAAGUUGCUGUUUAGUGGAUAGGUGAGUGCGCUGGAUCUUGUGUAUUUUUAUAUAUAUAUAUAUAUGUGUGUGUAUAUAUAUAUUUAUCUGAUGCAUUUUACAGCUUUAAUAGGGAGUGUUUUAAAACUGACUUAGUCUACUAAUGUAUAUGGAGUGAGGGAAUCUUGAUCCUACAUAUAAUUUAAUGCUGACUUGGCUAUAUAGACUGAUGCCAUUCUUUCUCUUCAUAUAGUUGUUCACUGAUGUCGAAAAUAAAGAUGCAUGCCAACUGUUUGAGCAAGGCUACCGCACGUCUAACAAACAAGAAACCCACACCCUGGAAGCUGUGAAACUGGUGGAGUUCCGAUUAAAGCAAACACUUUCAAAACUAAUUAUUUAUUUAUUUGGUGAAGGUACGUAUACACUUACAUUUCUUGUAUUUAUUUUGCACUUGAGAUAUAUGUAUGUGGCACAUGAGUCUUGAGGUGAUGGAUUCUGUAUGACUGUAAACCGGAAAAACUCAUAACUACUAUUAUAUUGAGACAGAUUCCAGUUUCCCUAUGCUUUAUUUCUCAUUAUUUAUUUCUUUAUUUUUAUGUCUCUGUUGAAAAGGAGACACAUUCAGAUUUGUAGCUUUGUUGGCAAUGUUCCUUUAAAGUCAAUGAUCAGAGGUUUUGUUGGUAUUUCUGCUCCUUAAUAAAGGUUUAUCAUGAUUUUAAAGCAGACUUGACGUUCACAAAUGUGAGAAUAAUCUGGUUUACAUCAGGCAGGUGUUAAAAUUUAAUCUAUAUAUUACGCUAAUGGAAUUGCCAGCAGAUGCAUGAAAUAAAUGUUUCAUCUUGUUUAACAAAUAUUUGGGAUAAUUUGGUAACUGCGUUUUGACGUUUUAAUGAAAAUGAUUUAUAUUUUCUAUGUAGUUUACUCAUCUAGGAGUUUGAGAAAGUGCAUGCCAUUAGUUAUAUACAUUUAUUGUAGCAUUUACAUAAUAUUAAAGGGUUACUCCACACAUCAUGAUCACUUUAGUUAUUUGAAGUGGUAUUGGUGCCUAUGCAGUUUUCUAUGAAAAGGUGCACAUAUGGAAUUUAACUGCUAUGCUGUCAGAGGUGUACCUCCACGUCCGGCAAUGUAAUUGGGUGUUUUCGGCAUGGAACUAGAGUGCAGCAUCUGAGUUCUAUGGAGAAUCCCUACUUUGUCUUAUGGUAUCUUUAGAAUUAUCAGUAUUUCAUAAAUAAUUUAGCUUUAUGGAAUACUGAAAAGUGACAGAUCUGUUUUAAAUUCUUUAUUUGAGUAUUUACGUUCUUUUUAUUAAUUUUUUCUUCAUAGCAAUAGAAAAUAUGCUAACUCCAUAGUUCGGAAUAGAUCGGCAAGUGUUUGUGUCAUGAUAUAUACCUUCUCAGCUAUAAAACCUCAGAUAAACCAGCUGGCUGGUCUUAAUUUGCUAGUUAAAUAAAAGGGUUGCUUGUUCAUGUUUUAAAGAUACUGUACAUAACAACAUGAUUAAUGGGCAGUGAAUGUCAUAGAUACUCGGUUAUAAAUAUAAAAUAAUUAAAAAUAAUAGUAUUAAUAGUAAGGGAGAAACAAUAGUACACACAAUUUUAGUGAUACACAUGUUUUUGACAUAUCAAUCUCUUCACUGAUUAAAUAUUUUCAAUAAAAAGUGUAACACAUAUUUGAAACCUGGAAUGGAUAGCCAACACACACACUAAGGGCACAACAGUCUUUCGUAUAGCUUUAUUUAUGUGGUUGAAGUGGUUCUGUCAUUCAGAGAAAAUAGUGUUUACAUUACAGCCUAGAGCAGGGAUAGGCAACCUUUGGCACUCCAGAUGUUGUGCACAUAAAGCAUCAUGGGAGGUGUAGUCCAAAACAUCUGCAGUGCCGAAGGUUGCCUAUGCCUGGCAUAGGGGAUACCUCCUCUGGCCACUCCUCAGAUAGCUACUAGAGGUGCUUCCUGGGGCACUGUUGCAUAGUGUGCAGUACUGACAUUGUGUCUCCACCAUCUUCAUGAAGAUACUGAACUUUCCUCAUAGAGAUAUAUUGAUUCAAUGCAUCUUUGUGAGGAGAAUCUGAUUGGCCAGGGUUGUGUUUGGCUUGUGCUGACUCUGCCCCUGAUCUGCAUCCUUUCCAAGCUCAGCCAAUCCAAUGCUUUCCUAUAGAAGAGAGCCAGCAGCUGCAGACUGGAAUAAAGGUUAGAUUUUAAUAUAUUUAGGGGUGCUAAGUGGCAGGAGGGGGGAAGUUGAGGAGGGGUGCAGGGGUUCUAGAUAGUGUUAUAUAUAGGGUCAGGAAUACAUGUUUGUGUUCCUGACGCUAUAGUGUUGCUUAAUUUAUGAAAAUGCCAAUAUCUAUUGGAUUCUGCACUCUUUGUAAUAUCUGCACUUUGUAUGCUCACACUUAAAGCAUUUCAGGAAGCUUGGAGGGGCGGAACCUGCUACCAGACCUGUGUGGACGCCAUUUCUGUCAGCUCCCAAAUCGCAAGAACUAAAUCCAUGCCAAAUCAGUUUUUCCCGCACCCAUCCAGCCCUGCCACCAGCGCAGCAUACCGCACCCUCUGAUGCCUUUUUUUCAGCCAAGAAGGCUGCAGAAACGGAGACGCAAGAUCGGGGUCUACCACGCGCCAUCGAUCCUCUGCCUCGAGGAAAUCCUGUGCGGACACCCGACGAAACUCAGGGACACCAAUUAUCCGCAGGAACAACCCGACACCCUUGCUCAUACGCCAGCCAUGGGACGCUGCUCCCAAAACCACAAGGUACACCUGGAGACAGGGAUAUAGGGGCUAUUCUACAAAGGCCCAUUGAUUUUAAGCCAGCUGCCAUGGCAACAAUGCCAGAGCUAGCCCAGACACCCACUACAGCUCAGCAGAGCCCUGAUCUGUCUGGAUCACUUCAGACACGACAGCUGGACAAAGCACCCAGUACAAGUCAACGAGGUCCUGACCCCUCUGAGCACCCCCAGACACCACCACCUGAAAGGCCGCAAAUCCAGACAAGACAAAGCUCUGACUCUUAG